UUUUUAGUGAUGCAAGGGACGCUGCUGGGCUGGGAGUUGAUACGUUUGUCAGGAAAAAAGUGUCGCCAUGGCUUAACCAACCCUCAAAGGACACUGAAGAAGAGAAGAAACCAGCUGUUAGACACACAGAAGAAGGAAAAGAGCCGAGGGGUGCGAGGUUAUCUGUUCGGGCCGUACACAGAGGAGCUGGCAGAGAGGGCUGUUUGUCCUGAGGGAGUAAGCCAUUACCAAGUUACUACUGGACGGAGUGACUACCUCCUGAACCAAGACCAAGACCAAGUUCCAUGCAGUAGCCCAGCACUCAGCACGUGGAACUAGUCAGGGCAGCGGCGAUGCAGGGCUGAGGAGAGCCAGCCAGCCACCAGCAUGGAAUUGUUCUACAGUGUGUCGGAGAAACGUUCCCUCGAUGACACCCAGCAGACUUCGCUGUACACUGACGGGGGAGCAUGUACUGUUUCAUCCAAGAGUCUGGUGGCCUUCACCCGCAUGACCACAAGACAAGACAGCUACCGCCACCGCAUCCCAAUAUGUACAGUGUGUGUCAUGGAUCUGAAUACUCCAAACGAGCCUCAUGUAGUUAUGGAGUCAGUGAGCAAGGUGAUCUUCCUGAGCUUCAGCAGUGAUGGCUCUCAGCUGCUGGUGGUGCUGAGCAUGGGCCGGGUGCACCUCUUCACCAAGGGCGCCGGCCUCCACCACUGGACGUCCUCCCACACUUGUGACUGGGAUGGGGAGGACAUCUUGCACAUCAGCUUCUUCCAUGGGGGUAUUAGGUCAUGUGUCCAGUCUGGAGAUGUUAAUGUUCACGCCCCUUACAUAGAAAAGUUCAUGGCUCAUCCACACAAGCCCACACUGGUGGACCUCGGGCAGUGUGCAAUGAACGGCUUCUUUGCUGUCUCUGCUUCAGGUUUACUGUUGGUGUGUGUCCUGAACCAUGAGGGCGCCAUCCUCACUGAAAAGAAGAUUGUCCUGGGGCGCACCCGAGACAACUUUGCUGUUGCCACUGCUGCUGUGGCACCAUCUGGACACAUCCAUGUUGCCACCUGGAAGCCUGAAAUGAUAAAGUGCUGGCGAGCAGAACUCAAGCUGGUGGAGCAGUACAAAGGAGGGAAAGGAGACAUUAAGGUGUCUGUUCAGGCUGCCCAGUCAUUCUGUCCUGCCAUGUCAAACACCACCUGGCACACCUCCACCAAGAGUGAGGGCCUUGUGCAGGUGACUUCUUUACGCUACACUGAACAGGAGGAUCCUACCAGUCUGCUGGUGGCUCUUACAAUGGAGAAGCCAGUGAAGACCUCACCCUCACAGCAGUCCACCAGCACGACCACCGCCGGCUCUGUGUCAUACCUGGUGCGGAGGUACCAGCUUCAGGAGCAGCAGCGCCCCUUGCUGAAGGCCUUCAAGCCUAUGCCUGACUCAGUGGGGAUUGCAACCAAGGAAUGGUUUUGCAUGGGAGAAUGGAUCUCCAGCAGCCCCAUAGUAGCCCUGAGCACUGCCACCAGACACCUCCUGCCAGGCUCAACUGGAGCCCACCUGCCCUUCAUCAUCACUGCUGCCACAGCAGAUGCCUAUAUCUAUGCUAUAAACAGGGACAACAUGCAGCAGCUCAGCAGUCAUAACCUGUUGAACACAAGGGGUGGGGUUGAGGAUGCCCCAGUGAGUAAGCGUGUGGCCAGUGAGAGGCAGGUGGUCUCCCUCACCCAUACGUGGAGUGGGAUGUCCCUCCUUGCCCUGGACUCCAUGGGCAGUCUGCACUUCAUUACACUGAUCCGUCCAUCAGACAUUGGUCCACAGUGGGCAAUAUCUCUGAUUUUGCUGUUGGAGUUUGCAUUGGUCAGUGGCAGUGACUGGUGGGACCUACUGGUGUCCACACCCCACUCCUCCAUCCCCAUGCUGACGGAUAAGUUGUCUGAAAACUUCCAGCAGCAUUCCACUCCAAUCACACAGCAUUUGCACAUACGGUUCCUUGUAAUGAAGACGUCCAUGUUAAGGCUUUUGGGCAGUCAGCAACAGAAGGCAAUUGAGUCCAGAAUACAGGCUCAGCUGACAGCCACACAGCAGCUUUUCAGAACGCUGCGACCAGUGACCGGGGAUGUUGCCACCUCCGAGAAAAAUAUAAGUGUGACCAUUCAAAAUUACCUAGAGAACCGUGCGUCCCUUGACUUACUUGAUAUAGAGAAGUCUCUCGAUCACCUGUGCAGCUCAAUGAAUGUCAAGGACUGCCAGGUGGACCCAGGCCAGCUGCAAAACCUUCAGCCUCUCAUUCAGUUUGCAGCAGACCUUGCUCUCUUCAUUCUCUUCAUGCUGGCCCAGAAUAGUAAGUUCGAGUUGGCUCGUGAUGCAAAAAUUGUGCAGAGUCUUCGAGAGCUUCUAUUUGUUGCAAGACUGUGGUAUCGACAAAACAAGUUGGUCCUUCCUCAGAUGUUUCAUAAGACACAGUCAGUGGAUGUUUGGGCUCAGAUUUACAAGUUGCUGACCAGAGUGGCUCAGAUUCUUCCAGGAGAACCAGAUUCUGCUUUGAUAGAUGAGUGUGUGCUGCUGGAGACCCAAGUGGUGUGUCGAGAACUGCCGCUGCAUGUUCCUCCAAGAGGUGUUCUGGCAGACAUAGCGUCUUCAGCCUCGAUGCCACUCCAGUAUGAAUAUGGCCACGGAGAGACAAAUAACCUGAACACAACUGGAGCCCAGCCUCGUAUUUUAGAGGGGGCCCUGCCUCCCCUGCCUCUGCUGGAUCCCUUGCAUUACCACUACAUUGCACCUAAUGAACCAAAGUUCAAUUGCACCCGUUGCUGCAGCGUCAGGGCCAGCUGGUGGGGAGAUUCUGAGAGUGUGUGGGACCACCACUGGGCAUCAAACUGCAUUUGCUCAGGACACUGGGCACAGCCACCUGCCUCCCCACCCAAAGCUGCUUGAGGCCAGACACCCUUCUCUUACAUGUGCAGUAGAAGUUUCUUAGUCUAAAUUCCACUGAUCUGAAAACACACAGUAGUUCAAAUACUUGAAGGCAGGAGAUUAUAAUACAAUAUUACUCAAUAUAUCUCUACACAUCUUUUUGGUGACUUGGGGUGCCAUCCACUUGGCUUAAACCCCCCUAAAUCAAACACAUGAAAGCCUAAAACUAUUCAAAUUAGUGGAUCUUUACUGUAUUAUUUAUAGUUUUUUGUACAAGGAUAGUUUUAGAAAAGGUUAUAUAAUAUAGUAUUAGUGAAUGCCAUUUUCCUGGAUAUCUUUAUAGAUGAAGCGUCGGGAGAAGAGGCGUAAGGGGCAAGUUCACUUCUAGUUUGCAGCAGAAAGGCUACACGUCUCAGGAAGAACAAGAGGAAGAGGGAAAAGCGACCCCCAGUACACAAAAAAUAAGGUUGCUUUUCCCUUGCCAGUUAUUUCUUGUUCUUGCGAUGUGUGGCCUGCCUUUCGUAGUGCAAACUAGAAAAAAAUGGACUUUAUCCCUUAUUCCCCUUCUCCCAGUGCCUCAUAUAUUUGGCUAUGUAAAUCAUAAAGUUUCUAGUUUACUUAUUUUUUCAAGUUGAACAUAAUGAUGUAUAUGCAUGGUGCAGUGGAUAUGUUUAUGCUAGAUUUUCAAUCUGCAUUUUGUUUGGAAGAUAAAUGAUUUACAUCAGUAUAGUAUUUUCAUUAGGCAUCUUUAUCUGUAAUUGAAAUGACUAGGCCAAAUGCAUUCACUUAUGGUAAUGGUUAAGGAAUCAUGAUCACAUUUGGUAUUGUCAAAUAAAGUGAGAGCUGUAUCAUUA